GGGUUGAUUACUGGACAGUAACAGAAUAAGAGACAGUAGUCCGGUCCACAUUGCGAGAUAAGCUUUGUGGAUGAGCUGAAAAGCUAGCUUAAUGCUACCUACGUGAUCUGCGAAUUUUCAAUGUAACACAACGUAAUAUUUCGGGACGGAUAAGUAUUCCGUCAUGCACAUGAUUAACCUCAGGUCUCAGAUUCAUAUAUUUAUCAGGCCUAUAUUGGCUCUCUUUCGUUGAAACAGAGAUACUUCGUUUUCUUUACCAUUCGCACACCUUUAAAGCAUGGAUACUACUACAGAUUCUCGCUCGACCUAUUUCUUUCCACCCCAAAUCUCUCUAUCCAUACAAAUAAUUAUAGUCGCCGUGGUUUUCACUUAUCUAUGUUGUAUCUUUCAACGUCUAUACUUCCAUCCACUAUCCAAAAUCCCGGGACCAAGGCUAGCUGCCGCAACUUCCUGGUAUGAGUUUUACUAUAACGUCAUUCGAGAUGGAUCAUAUAUCAAGAAUUUUGAGCAGAUGCAUAGAGAUUAUAAUUCUUCGGUCAUUCGAAUUGCUCCCGAUAUGGUCCAUGUCAAUGAUCCGGAUUUCUUUUCCACAAUUUUCAACAACAGAACAACUUAUCUAAAAGAUCCAUCUCUCUAUAAGCAAAUAAGCUUAAACGAGUCUAUUGUUUCUAUGCUAGACCCCCAUGAACAUCGUCUACGGCGGCAAAAGGUCAACUCUAUGUUCUCGACAAAGGCUGUAGAUUCGAUGGCACCAGAUGUCCUCGCAAUCGCACAAAAAGCAGCCAACAUCAUGAUGAAGCGUGGAGAAGAGAAAAGACCUGUGGAUAUGUAUCGACUCUCUCGCUCCAUUUCUUCGGAGGUAUUAUUUAAAAUACUUUUUGACGAACCUAUGCAUCUCCUAGACUCACAGGAAGAACAACCGGAGUUGUUGGCAGGUUUGGAUACCUUCUUGGGUACUUUUUGGUUGAUGAGGGCAUUCCCCGUCAUCGGGUGGUUGGCAAUAAACCUACCUCAGUCGCUAACCCGAAAAUUAAUUCCUGGGUUCAAAUCUCUUAGAGAUGAUUGUGAAAGAUGGGCCAGGAUGUCUGUUGCUCGACAGAAUUCCCGCGAAAUCACCAAAAAUGACUCGUCAUCAAAUACUGUGUUCGAUCUCCUUCUUACUCCAACUCCUGGAGAGCCUCGAUCCGAAUUCUCAAUACCGGACUUGGUAGAUGAGGCAUUCUUGUUCGUAUUUGCAGGGACUGACACGACAGGAAAUACAAUUACAAAUGCUUUCUACUACAUUCUUUCGUCGCCGUCGGUUUAUUCUAAAAUACUAGACGAACUAACUGCCCAUGGCAUCACAUCGCCUGAAACUUUUGAUUGUAACGUAGUUCAGAGAUUACCAUAUUUGACAGCAGUAGUCAAGGAAAGUAUGCGAAUUCACACUAUAGUGGGAGGUGUUCUUCCGCGUAUUGUGCCCGAUGGGGGAGUGGUUGUGGAUGGAUAUUUCAUGCCAGCAGGUACAAGCAUCUCACAGAGCAUUCAUUCACUCCAUCACAACGCUUCUAUUUUCCCUUCGCCCGAAAAAUUCGACCCCGAACGAUGGAUUAAGGACGAAGAGAAGGAAUUAGAAAAGUAUUUUGCCCCGUUCAGCAAAGGUUCAAGAGCUUGUCUUGGCAUGAACCUUGCAAAUCAAGAAAUAUAUGUAGUGAUUGCGCUUUUCUGUGCCCGGUUUGAAAUAGAGCUCUAUGAUACAGACUCAAGGAGUAUGGAGUGGGCAGAUCGUGGAAAUACGGUCAAUCGAUCGCCUGUCAAAUUGCUUGUUAAGCGUGAUAGAUGGGCCAAUAACUAGUGAAUAUAAUUGGGAUCGCUGAACUUCUUCAAUGGAAAAGUAGACCACAAACAAGUUAGAGAUAGCGAAAGUAUAUCAGCUCUACUAGAACAUAUUUUGUACACCUAGUAUGGCUAAAUCAAAGAACCAAACUGAAAUGUUCUGACACCAGGUUUGCCAUAAAAUUUCAGUUGAGUUAAUCCAUCCGGAACAAAUGUAACUUCGAAAUUUUAAACUAAAGUAUCUUCUACACAUAUUUUGCGUAGUACCGAGUAUUUCCUUGAAGAAAACAAAUCAAUA